AAACCAAUGAUGACCUAUUAAAGAAGUUUGACUUAUCAUCAUCUUCUGAAAAGGCGUCAAUAAUUAUGGUGUCAUUAAAGCGUUGUCCAUCAGAUGCGCUAUAUAUGUUGCAGAAAUUUUUAAAUGAGGAUAGAGAGGGUGAUGAAGGUGAUGAAUUAGUUGGGGAGGAGAUAACAGAAGAUAGUGGAGAGGAUGAAAAUGGAUCAGAGGAUGGAUGGAGAUGGAGAGGAUGA